AUGUCAGCACACGGAGAACCACCAGAGGGCCUUAUGUGCCUUGUAACGAUGGAGGAUAUCACUAAAGAAGAUAGUAACUAUGUCGAAUUCCAAGGCUCUCCUUCCAUGAAAUGGAAAGCAGCCAUGUUUGAACAAUCUGUAGUGCAACAAUUACUGGACUCUCAAUUUCAUGAUUUCGUGAAUCGAGUCAAGACAACGGACUGCCAAGCCGAACUACGAAGACUGCUGGGAGCGGGUCCUCCUGUUUUUGUCAGUGACAAGCACGGAUUCCCACUGGAAGAAGGAGAUACACACGUUGUCAACCUUUGGUAUGCCUCGGACAACAAAGAGCGACCGGCAAAGUUGGAUGGGGCAGUCGAAGGGGAAGAACGACAGAAGCUAUGGGAGGAGCUAAAGCAGUUUAUUAUCGUGGAAGGAAAAGAAGAAGGCGACGAUGAUAAUGGCAAUGAAGCCGACAACUCAUGA